CCUGAGCGCGCUCGGUCCCCCCGUCGUCCUGCUCUUAUUCCACAACCACAUCCUCCAAUGCUACCGCCUCCACUCUCUCCUUGCAUUUCAUAAACUGGGCAAGCAAUGGCCGAAUCUACCGCCUUUACCUCCUCGCAAGAGACCCUCUACGACCAUCACCUCCCGUCUUCACAGACAUUUGCGUCAUCGCCGCCCUCCCCGACGUCCUCGAGGCCGGUCCACUCCAAGAAGCCCAAGAAGCCCCCGCCCAUCACGCCGAAACGCUUCAACAAGUUCUUCACGCCCCGCACUUCUUCCAGCAGCAUCAGCCAGUCCCGUUCCGGACGCCAGUUACGCGAUAUCACUCGUAAUGCCGUCAACCGUAGGCGGUCACCAAGGAGACAUAUAGUCUUCUCCGAACCUGCCUCUACCGGUUUUGAAAAUUGCAUCACCCCAAAGCUCGAGAACAACAAGAAGAGGAAGCUCCUCCCCUCUCCAGAGAGUUCGCCCGUCCAGCCUUCCCCGUCCAAGAAGUCUCGUGCUGCCGUUCAGACAGUCAAGUUUGACAUCGCCAAAGAUGUAGUCGACGUGGACUCUGAUGCCGAAACUACCAUCCUGGAACUGGAAGAAGGAGAGGAAGAGGAGGAAGAAGAAGAGGAGGAGGAGAAGGAGACGAAGGUUUCCUUGCCAAUUCGAAGAGCCCCAUCAUCUAGUACUGCUUCGCGUCUUCUACAACGCUUGUUUGGCGGCCGGAGAGCUAUCGGACGAGGCCGUGUCUACGAUCACUGCACGGACUGGCAAAGCCAAACAUCCAAUUUUUACAGCAGACCCGAAGAUUUGUAUUCUUCCGGCAGUGAUUUGCCUUUCUGUACUGCUAGUUGUAACACAAAUUCACUUGUUGCUAUUGGAGAUGAGGAUGGCAGUGUCUCGUUGUUGGAGUCUGCGAAAGACAGCACCCCUCCGUUCUCACAAGCGUAUAUCAAAUUACGACCCCACAGCAAUGCUGUUAUGGACCUUGCCUUUUCGUCGGAUGACUUCCUGUUAGCCACAGCAUCUGGUGACCAGACAGGACAUGUCAUUGAUGUCCGGACACAGCAGAGCACAUAUGUCAUGGGCGGCCAAGGAGGCCACCAUUCUUCUGUAAAGCAGGUUUGCUUCCAACCCGGCAAUGACAAUGUUAUCGCCACUUCAAGUCGGGAUGGAACUGUUCGAUUGUGGGACCUCAGAUGCAGUGGCUCGGAAGGAGCUAUCAAAGAUCUCCGCGUGGCUUUCGAUGGUUCAUCAUCCCCUUCCGAGCAGAAAAUCACUUACGCGAGCACUUACAACACGAUCUCUAGCGCACAUGCCGAGAGACAAGCACAGAGUUCCGCGUUCACGGUGGCGCAGAUGAGCAUAUCGCAAAAGGAUGGGCCGUGGAGGAACGAGGCUCCUGGGAGAAGGGGAGAUGUCUCUAUCACCGCUCUGUCUUUUCUAAAUGUUCCGGGGAGGGAGCACCUCCUGUUGACCGCCUCUGAGGCAUCAACUGCCGUCAAACUGUGGGACAUUCGUGGGCGCUACAACCGGCGCGCGAUGCCUAUCUCUACGACCAGCCAACCCGAAUCCCACAGCAAACACCGUCAUUUUGGUAUUAAUAGUCUAUCCUUAUCUGGCGAUGGUGGUCGCCUCUACGCUCUCAGUCGAGACAACACCAUCUAUGCUUAUUCCACAGCACAUCUGGUCCUUGGUAGCGCACCAGAGCUUUCGGGUACCGUCAGCAACCGCAAAAAGCAAAGCGGCACGGACAAAAUUGGGCUUGGUCCACUGUACGGAUUCAGACACGAGAGGCUGCACGCCACAAGCUUCUGGGUCAAGACAUCGCUUCGUAAGGCCGUAGCAGACAAGACCGAAAUGCUGGCCGUCGGCAGUAGUGAUGGAUGCCCAAUCCUCUUCCCAACCGACGAGCGAACCUUCAAAUGGAACAAAUCCUCGAGGUCGACGGAUAGUAGUACGCACUCUCAUUCAUUACUUUCCGAUCGCCCUUCUACGAAGAGAAGUACCGGCAGCUUUUCGGCGCGCAUGGCAGAUACGGUGCCUAUAUAUGACCUGGGCACUCCUUUGGUUCGCGGUCACCAAAGGGAGGUUACGAGCCUGACGUGGACGAGCGAAGGAGAGUUGGUAAGUAUUGGAGACGACUACACGGCCAGGUGCUGGCGGGAAUGCCAGCGCGAAGCGAGAGAGUUGAGAAACUGCGGCGAGAGCGAAGGACGCAGGUGGGGGUGUGGAUGGUCUGAAAUGAGGGCGGGAUGGGAUGACGACGAUGAUGACGAGUAGUAGGGGCCUGAUGAAGCGUGGAAGAAGUAAUGACUGAAUUAUGGCAAGGAGAGACAGGGCUUUUGGAUGCCAUGGCUGCGCAACAGUGUCAAAAGAGCAGGCAGGCACACUUGUAUGAUACCCCCUCGGAUCUGUUCUCUUGAAAAACAAUCGCAAAUCGCGUACCGGGUCGUGUUGGCUUCUUGGCUUUGUAGAGGUAAUACGGUGG